AAGCUUUUAUGCUGUCGUUUUUUUUAUUUUAAAGUUUAAAAUAUCCGACUGACGCAAACUUCUGAUUAGGCGACCGUAAUAAUGCACGGAAGGUUUACACAUUUGCACAACGGUUAUGUUAACGAGCAUUAGCCUGUGGCUAGCAGUCGCAGCGGUAAAGUUGCGUUUUUUGGCGGAAACGUUUGAUGAAGCGCUUUGAAAUGAACAGAAAUGUGGUUAGAUUCGGCCUGAGCCCUAACGAGGAGGCUCAGCUGAUCCAAGAAGAAUGUCAAAGGAGGAGAAAACUGCGAAUACAGCAGGUACGGCAGCAGCAGCGAAAAAUUGCUCUGCAGAUCCGCCGUGAAGUUGAGCUCAGACGGGGGUGUGAACUGGCGCAGCUUGAGGAGGAGCUGAGGGGAAAAUGGGAGCAACAGCAGCAGGAGAAAUUUUGUACACUGCAGAGAUUAUACCAUGAGAAUCUUCAACUUCUUGGUCAGGGUCACAGGAGUGCAAAAGAAAAUGAACCUGACUUGGCAGCUCAAGCUCAGAAGCAGGAGGAAAAUCAAGUAAAAGCAGAAGAACGCUACCGAGAAGCCCUGAAGGAAGUCAAAUCACAAAAGCUGAAGGAUCACGAGAAGCAAAAUCGGUCCAUCAAUGCCAGGAAAAAGGCACUACAAGCAGAGAAGAAAAGAGCCACAAUGGUAGCAAGGCUCCCACCACCUCCACGAAAUCCAGUUCAGAACAUUGACUCCACUCAACCCCAUGUAGUGAAGAAAUCAGAUGUGAGUGCAUUUGCCAUGACACACUACCAUAUGCCUGAGACCACAGUACACAGAGUAGUGGACAUUCAGCAGAUUGACGCCCAUGUGGAAGCUACGUUGGAGCUGAGAAAACUGGAGGAUUUAAAGGAGAAAGCAGAGAGAGAGAAAGAAGAACAGGCGGAGAAAGCCUGUGUCAGAGGAAAGCAAGCUCUCAGGAAGGAGCAGCUCAUGCAGGAUCGUGAGUGCUUGCUUGUUGAACUGGAGCACAUGCAGCAGACACACAUGCUUAAGAGGCGACAGCGGGUUUCUCACAUGCCACUUCAGACUUUUCAACCUUAUUCCAAAAGACAAGAAAUGAGAGAGGAGUUCCAGAGGGAGCUGGAGUUUGCCUUUGAGGACAUGUAUACUGGAGAGAGGCGGGUUAAAGGUGACCUAGUACUACACCUGGUACCCGAGGCCCUGCCAGCAGCAUCUACAAGCAGCCACAACCAAGAACUGGAUGUCCCCGUUGAGGAUGUUGUUGCACCAACAACAGAAAAUGUUCAAAAUGGCGUACAACAGGAAAGGAAAAGCAGCGACCAAGCGCAGUCUGUACAAGUGCAGCCCUUUAGACCUCGUCCUCAGCAAACAUUGAAGAAACUGUUUGACCGGAUUAGAAGCCAGCGGAAUCAGUGGAGCAGUGACAGCACUCCAGUCCCUGAACCUGAAGUUGAAUCUGUCAUUGCUGAUCACAUCCCAGAGCGGGACACCACCAUCGACACAGGCUCUCUGACCAAUGAGGAGAGAGAUGUACCGCCUCCUGUUGAGGUUCCCGAGUCCUUCCACUUAGCAGGAGGCACAGCAUCUGAGGCACCAGAACAUUUAGCUGUCACGGAUUAUACACAUCCUCCCGAUGAAUUUGAGCGCAAGAUCCAAGAAUAUGAAGAACAUCGGAAGAAAAGGGAUGAGGAGCUUGAAAGGGAGAAGCAGCAGCAGAUCCUUUUGCUUUGUGAACUGGAAGAUCAGAAGGCCAAGCUGGAGCAGAUGCUACUUGAGGCCCAGCAGGAAGGGGGACACCUAAAAGCAGUUGUGAGCCAUGAUGAACAUCUUCCUGAAGAAGACGUCUCCUCUGUCACUCUUGUUGGCGCUCACCAGUCAGCACCUCCUGCUGGUGAAGAUGACCACAACAGAAAGAUAAGAGAAUACCAACGACAACUGCUGGAACAAGACAGAAUUCACCAGAGGUCAGUGGAAGUUGCCCGGCAGCGUCUUGAUGAGUACCAGAAAACUCUUCGACUUCGUUACAUGAUGGCGACUUCAUCGUUGCCUGCUGCUGUGCCUUCAGAUGUGAGUCACACUCCUUUGGUCUGUACAGAGUGUGAUAACCUGCUUCCACCCCCUCACCUCCCUACAAGUUAUGCAGCUCCUGUAUACACCAACAACGCUCGUGCUGAACUACACACCCCUGUGGACGUCCCCACAAGAGAGCCAGCUGUUGCCGAAUCACCACCCGAUCACUCUGGAUCCAGUGUGAGCCAUGACUCCAGGUUGGUUUCUCAUGAACUAGACUCUGUUGCAGAGAGUCCAGGUCAUCACAGCCCUGAUGUUAUUGCACAGCUAAGUCGUGAUGUAAUGGGAGAAGUAAGGGAGCACCUUUCAGAGGAACUGCAACCUUACUCGGGCAGCAUAGGCUAUAAGCUCCAUAAACAAUGCUCCACACCUCAGGCAAACACCGGUGUGCAUUUCCAACCAAGCUAUGAUGCCAUCCAAAACACAAGAUAUGAUGAAUGUCAGCUUCCAGGACAAACUGUGGUCAAGCCUGUAACUGUGACACCUAGUUCCUUGCAGGCUGGCUUUUCAGGCUUGACAGGAGAGGACAUGGAGAGACAGAGACAUGAGCUCCAAGAAGUUCAGAGAUGGGUGCUGGAACAGAUAAACACGAUAGCGCUGCAUCAGAGGCGGAAAGAAGAAGAGAGACAAAACCUGAAGAUGGCACAAAUGAAACGACAGAAGGAGGCUUUACAAGCUCUCAUCAGUUCUGAUGUCCAAUCAACUCCAGAGGGUGGCAGUAAAGAGUCCGUAUCAUUGGAGUCUAGUCAGAACCGCGGCAGAAUACUGGCAUCCCUGCUGAAAGCUAUAGAAGAAUCGAAUGGAGGAACAUUAUCACACUUCAGAAAUGAUCACGAUGACGCAUCUGACCAGCAGCCAUCCACCAGUGAUUCCACCAGCUGGAAUCAUACUUCUGCAGGACUUGCCCAAGUGUCGCUCAUCCCCUCCAGCGUUCAGGUGACAAAGCCACCAGUGACCCGCGUCAGAAUGUACAUGAAGGAAAUAUUGGCUCAACAUGAGCUCAGUGUUAUCCAAGAGGUGGAUACGCCAAUCAACACCAGCUUAAUUACAGGCCUGGAAGACAAUGUAACGAUGUUGCCACAAACUGUGGACUGGACUCCGUUGGAGGACAAAGAGUCAUCCGUGAGCUCUGAUGGGACGGUGCACACAUCCUCUUUGUCCAGCAGAGGGGAGCAGUCUACUGAAAGAGCAUCUACUUCUGGGACAAGCUCAAGAAGGUCCAGCCUUCUUCACUGGAGAGAGAGGGUGCUGAUGGGUGCAGGAUCCCCAGAUUCUGGUCUAGACAGACCAGGCUUGAGGAUUGUGUCACCGCUUUCUGAGUCCGGGCAACAGGCCAAAUCAUCUGGCUCAGCUCGUUGCCUCAUAGAGAGGGUCUCAGGACUGUCUGAUCCUGAUUGGUUCUCCUCAACUACCAUCUCUACUGGCAGCUAUGUCACCACCGAUCCUGAGCACAACUACUCCCGCACAGACCAAUCUCCAUCUGUCAGAGGUGACCUAGAAGAACAGAGAGAACAUUUACCAGAUGUCUCCUCUCCCUCUGAACAUGGCUCCUGUAAUAAGGAUAGCGUAUCCUCGGGCCAUUCAGUUCCUGCUGCCAGUGCAAUAUUUGACAGCAGCACCAUCCAACGCAUCAUUGACAAAUACACAAAGGAGCUAACUAUUUCACUUGGCGCUAUUGGGACAACCACAGGAGGAGGGUCACAUGGGGUGCAGCCUGGCUCCUCGUUUUCCCACCAGGCCUCGACUCCAGUCUUGGAGAGGAGAACGGAGGAAGAACCUGGAGAGUCUUUUUCUCCACAUCCAUCCACUGCUCUGCAUGAUACUGACACUAUGGUUCAGCCAUCAUUUGGGCACUUCACAGAUGAGGGCUUGUCACCGAGUGAGGACAAGAACUCUUUCAGACCUCUGAUUGGCCAUCUAGCAGAUCAAUCAACCUACCUACCCGAGGAACAGAGAACCUCUGCUAUGGAGCAUCUGGUCGGUCACCCGUCUGCUCACUCAUCCAUGAUCGCUCACCGUCCGGGCCAGACUGCUUCAGUGAGCUUGGAUCAAAGUGGGUGGGAUUCCACUCGCUGUAUGAUUGGGAGACUCUCCAAUCAUUCGAGCUCUCGUUGGCUAAGGAUUAGCCAGGAUGUCCAUCCAGGACGCACUGGUCAGAUGGAAUUGGAGCAGUCAUCCAUGUGUUUGGAUGAAGGGCAUGAAGAGAACCAGAUGAGACCACUGCUUGGGGAGGUGGAUGAAUCUGUGGGGCAGCAGAGUGAAAGCUUAGGUGAAAUGACUUAUGUGGAUCUUGGAGUGUCACAGCCACUGUUACCAGCUGAAGUCCACUCCCACAGUGUUUCUGUCCCCUUUGUGAGUCCACUUCCACAGGACCAGAUGGUGCAAAGCCAAAUCACCUCAGCAGCACAGGACUCAGACAGGACUCAAUUCUCAGAUUCAUUCCACCCUCUGCUGGCUGAGGUCACCCACAAUGAAACGACGGACCCUCCAUGACUGUUGACCCACAUGAACGUGAAGUUUCAGACUCUGUUGGAGGACUCGUCCCAUCACAGAGUGUGGUGCAGAAUUUUUCCACGCACUUUGAAACAGAGUUUGAGACUCAUGCUGAUCCGUCUGUAGAG